GCCUACUGGUCUCCUAUAUGCGGGUCCUUGGAAUGGUUCUGAGCUUUGUUUCAAUAGAGGCGCAUCAUGGUUAGAAUAGGCGUUUUUCCCCUCUUUUUACUGUCUUCCCUGACCUCCAGAUUUGCUGCUCCAGCUCCUCAUGGGCGUAGAAGCAAUUGUUGAGACCUGUACCACCUGGAGACACAGAUGUGUCCGUAUAGCCAUGAUCGGUGACACACAUCGCAGCCAAACCCUGUUUCGCAAACCGCACAUAUGAUGUUUGGGUUGCCUCUCAGCUCCUCUCUCCCUUGGGCAUACAUGCACCUCUCCCCAUACUUGCAUCCGGUAGACUUAUAGCAAAAGACAACGAAGGACGAAGGCGAACACCGGCUCACGUAUUUGUUUCACUACCCUGCCAAACCCCUACACCGCACCGUUUUGAAGUACUUGCCUCCACUCGCCUGCGCUGUCUCUGCAGCAGAGUCGACGUCUGCAUGAGCAGGUGUGCACAAAGACAUUCAUCAAAAUUCAAACGUGCAUGCGCAGGUGUGCGCACACAGAGACAUCCAUCAUAUACACUCCAAGUCCAAACGGGUAUGCGCAGGUGUGCGCACACAGACAUUCAUCAUAUACGUACUCUCCAAGUCGACGCGUGCAUGCGCAGGUAUAUACGCACACAGACAUUCAACAUACACACACGCCAAGUCCAAACGGGUAUGCGCAGCUGUGCGCACACAGCGUUCAUCAUAUACACACACUCCAAGUCGACGCGUGCACGCGCAGGUGUGCCAACAAACAUAUACACACACUGCAAGUCCAAACGUGCAUGCGCAGUUGUGCGCACAGAGACAUUCAUCAUAUACGCACACUCCCGGUGGGCGCACAGAGACACUCAAAAUAUACACACACUCCAAGUCGACACGUGCAUGCGCAGUUGUGCGCACAGAGACAUUCAUCAUAUACGCACACUCCAAGCGCAGUUGUGCGCACAGAGACAUUCAUCAUAUACGCACACUCCCGGUGGGCGCACAGAGACACUCAAAAUAUACACACACUCCAAGUCGACACGUGCAUGCGCAGUUGUGCGCACAGAGACAUUCAUCAUAUACGCACACUCCAAGUCGACGCGUGCAUGCACAGGUAUAUUCGCACACAGACAUUUAACAUACACACACGCCAAGUCGACGCGUGCAUGCGCAGGUUUGCGCACAGAGAUAUUCAUCAUAUACACUGACUUCACCUCCAGACGCACACAGACAUUCAUCAUAUACACACGCCCCAAGUCGACACCCCAAGUCGACACGUGCAUGCGCAGGUGUGCGCACAGAAACAUUCAUCAUAUAUACACACUCCAAGUCGACGCGUGCAUGCGCAGGUGUGCGCACAAACAUAUACACACACUGCAAGUCCAAACGUGCAUGCGCAGUUGUGCGCACAGAGACAUUCAGAAUAUUCACACACUCCAAGUCGACGCGUGCAUGCGCAGGUGGGCGCACAGAGACAUUCAUCAUAUACGCACACUCCCGGUGGGCGCACAGAGACACUCAAAAUAUACACACUCUCCAAGUCGACGCGUGCAUGUGCAGUUGUGCGCACAGAGACACUCAAAAUAUACACACACUCCAAGUCGACGCGUGCAUGCGCAGGUGGGCGCACACAGACAUUCAUCAUAUACGCACACUCCCGGUGGGCGCACAGAGAGACUCAAAAUAUACACACACUCCAAGUCGACGCGUGCAUGCGCAGGUGGGCGCACAGCGACAUUCAUCAUAUACGCACACUCCCGGUGGGCGCACAGAGACACUCAAAAUAUACACAAUAACAUCCAACACUCUCGUCGGUGCUUGCUUUCGUUCUCCUUUCUAUCUGUCUGGCUAUCUGUGUGGACGAUGUGUGCUAGCGUAUGUACACGCAUUGUGUAGCUAGGCUAGCCUGCGUAGGAAUUCUGCCAGCUCGUCGUUGUGGUUAUGAUAUUCGAAGAGUGCAUUGCCAAGUGCCUCCAGAUCUGUUAUGUGCUGCUCCGAAGCAUCGUCCAUCAGGUCAUUGGCGCUCAGCUGGUCCUCAUUUUGAAUACGUAUGUAACGACCAGGGUCCAGCACCUGACAUCAACAAAACAUGGAGAGAUGAAGCCCUCGACUUGGAAGCAAAGCACACGAGACGUUGCUUCUUACGGCUUUCACUUGGUAGUCGAUAUGCUCGCUGGGACCCUGCAUGCAUAGUGAUGAGAUGGGUACCUUCCAGCCCCACAAGCCGGCAUUCUUCAACUGCUCGGGUGUCCUGGAGUACUCCUUUCUUCCAGUUCUGAAAAGAGAGGAGAGAGAACAAGGAGUCCUUGUCGUAGAUGAAUCACUUCAUUUACCCGAUGCUCAGCAUGAGGAUAUUAUCUCGCUUGCCAUCCCAUUUUUUCAUGGCCUCUACAGCGCCAAUGAUCGAUGGAUUGUUUGCCAACACACCGCCAUCCACUAGAAUGCGAGGGUUGAGUGUCAGCGGAUCGUCGGCCAUAGGCAGCACUUCCAU